AGAUAGAGGGGGAGAGAGAGAGAGAGAGAGAGAUGCCUACACACCCUGACACACUCCACAUGCUUUGUGAAUGGGAGAAAGUAGUUAAAUAAAUUAAGAAAUAUCACAAAAAAGGUCACUGUAGUGCCUGAAAGACACACACACACACACACACACACACACACACAGAGAGAGAGAGAGAGAGAGAGAGAGAGAGAGAGAGAGAGAGAGAGAGAGAGAGACAUCCUGGUCUGUAGCUCGUUUGGAUUAAAUUCUUGAAAACGUCAUCGCUUUAAAAACAAGGAAGUGUGUGUGUGUGUGUGUGUGUGUGUGUGUGUGUUUAAAGCAACCCUUCCACUUGCAGGAGCAGACUGAGUGUUUUCUUCCCUCUCUGGACACACAGACGCCAGAAGCUGCGGCUGGAGAGGAUCUUGUGGAUCUGCAGGAGUGUGUGGAAUCUCUGAGUCGGCAUGUCCAGGUCAGACUUCCCCCCGGGCUACGAUGAGUCGCGGCUGCUUUCAAAUCCUCAAUCUGGGGGUGUGCAGCCUUCCGCACCCCCUCCGGCCUACGAUUACUCUCCGUAUGGAGGUCAUCCACAGCCUGGACCCUACCCUGGAGCUCCCUACUCCCAGCCCUCUGCCCCUUACCCAGGGCAGCCUGGAAUGUACCCCCCGCAGCCAGGACUACCCGGCCAAGGGUACCCACCACAUCCAGGACAACCUGGUCAUGGGUACCCACCACCAAUGCCGCCCAUAAUCCCACCAACGAUACCCAUCUCUGACUCAGGUGAUGAUGGCUUCACCACGACGUCAGGAUGGGAGAGUGUGAACGUGCGACAUGCUUUCAUUCGCAAAGUGUAUCUGAUCCUUGCAGCUCAGCUCCUCGUCACAGUCAGCAUCGUGGCUGUUUUCACAUUUGUAAAACCUGUGCAGGAUUUUGUCAGGAAAAAUUCAGCAAUCUACUGGGCUUCAUAUGCAGUGUACAUCAUCACACACCUCGUGCUGGUCUGCUGUAAGGGACCCAGGAGGCGUUUCCCCUGGAACCUUAUCCUGCUCGCCCUUUUUACUCUGGCUUUGUCCUAUAUGACAGGGACGAUAUCAAGUUACUAUGAUACAAAGUCGGUGUUCCUGGCGCUGGGUAUCACUGUGAUCGUCUGCAUCGCUGUGACUGUCUUCUGCUUCCAGACAAAGGUGGAUUUCACCAAAUGCGGAGGUCUUUUCUGCGUCCUGGGAAUCGUCGUCUUCGUGACUGGAAUCAUCACCGUAAUCGUACUGUCAUUUAAAUAUAUCCCGUGGCUUCAUAUGCUGUAUGCUGCUAUUGGAGCGAUCGUGUUCACACUGUUCCUGGCCUAUCACACGCAGCUCCUUAUCGGGAACAGGAAGCACUCGAUAAAUCCAGAGGAGUACGUGUUCGCCGCUCUCUCCAUCUACGUCGACGUCAUUCAGAUUUUCCUUUUCCUCCUGCAAAUCAUCGGAGCUUCUCAAAGAUAGGAGUCGCCUUAGCUGUCGCUGAACCUCUUGCCUACUACGCACUUUCCUGCAGUUACAAUCAUGAUGCAUUUACUGAAUAUUUUGAGCAAAAAGUGUAUCAGAUAGCAGACAUUAGCAUCAUUUAAAGGCUUCUUCUUAACAUCAGGACAUUUGUGCUGAAUUUAGGAUGCUGGUUUACUCCGGAAAUGCCUUCUUAAUUAAUCUUUAUAUUAAGUUUACGAGCUGGGAAUAUAUUUUAUACACACUGUAUUGAUUAUGUUUUGAUAUGAGCUGGAGUUUUAUUUGUACUAAUUCUGAAUUUUUAAUGCUGGGGCCGUACGUAUCUCGUAGGAGUUUAACAUUUUGGGCUUUUUUUUUUUUUUUUUAAUUAUUAUUAAAGUUUAAUAAAGACGCCUGAACACGAUGGGCACUGAAGUGGAAGAUUUCUAUUAAAAUGAAUCUUAUUAAGAACAAUGAGUUUCAGAAAUAUUGGCACCCUUAAUAAGUCACUACAACAGUUAGUUAGUUAUUUCAAAUACAGUUUAAUCUACUAUAUAAAUAUAUCUGUAACAUAUGUAUAAAAUAUUAUAUACUUCUUGAAACAAGAGAAAAUCAACCCAGCAAAUUAAUUGUCUACAUCGUAAUGUGCAUGAUCUCUUUUCCAGCUCCGGUUUUCUACAGUUGAGUGCAAACUUUUGUGCACCCACAGAACAAGACAUAUUUUAUUCAUACCAAGACAUUUAGUCAAAAUUUCCCCAAAUAGUGUACUUAACGACAUUAAUAGUGAAACCAUCAGAUGAUAUUCGUCCACAAUUCAUUCAUAAUUUUUUUUCUUAAUGUUAAUAUUCUCUAAUCACUUGUACACUCAUCUAGCUUUAUGCACAUCAUGAAGUUCAAAUUUUUAAUCAAUACAUUGUAAUUUUUCCUUUUUUUUGGAGCAUGGAAGACAAACUUUUGCACUCAACUGCAUUUAACACUGACUACAAUGAAAUAAAACCAUGUUUUCUAUUUGUUUGAA